GUCAACGCUCCAGGCGCGCUCCCUCCGAUCUCUCUGCCAGUUGGGUAAGUGUGUCUGUCUGUCUGUCUGUCUGUUUGUCUCGUGUUAUUCAACUUCAAUGUCUAACUGUUUGUCAAUCACUCGGUGUCACAUUUACAUUAUGUCAAAAUUGCAAUGCCAACCUUAGUGUCUUGUCUUUUCAUGUCUUUAUCUCACCAUGCAAAUCAGUCUGGUUUUGUGAACCUCUAAGUGCAAUUCUAUUACCUACAUACUUAUUUUCCUCCUCAGGCAGUUCCCGUACCGAGAUGUCCACAUCUAAUGAACCAAACGUGGAUGAAGACAACCAAGGAAGCAGUGCUGAGAGUGAAGCAGGCACUGACUCCGACUUGAACGUGAACUCUGAAGAAGAGUCAUCUGGAGAAGAUGACUCUGCUGGUGACGACGGUGAGUGGAGGCGUAUAGCGGGUGUUUGUGACAGAGGAGCGGUACCCAUCCACUUCAGUGCUACACCAGGUUACAAGAAUAUACCUCAGGGGAUAAGUAAGCCUAUUGAAUACUUUAAUUUAUUCUUCACGGAUGAAUUUAUUGAAAAAAUUGUUCAAGAAACAAAUAAGUACAGCGACCAGUACGUGGAGGAGCACGAAGAGCAUCUAUCCACGCAUUCAAAGUCUCGUGUGCACCAAUGGCUCCAGAAGGGUCACACCAACAAAGAGGAAAUUCGAGCUUUUUUGGGCGUGUGUUUGAAUAUGGGUAUUGUAAGUAAACCCACCAUUGAAAGUUUUUGGGAUACAGUUCAUCCCAGCAUAAACACACCUUGGUUUCCCCAACAUUUUAAAAGAAACCGGUUUCAACUAUUGUUGAAAUUUUUACAUUUCAAUGAUAACUCAUUGUAUAAUGAAGGUAAUCCAGAUCAUGCUCUUUAUAAAAUCAAGCCAAUAAUAGAGCAUCUCCAAGAAAAAUUCAUUGAAUAUUUUCAUCCAGGUAGAGACCUUUCCUUGGAUGAAAGUUUGAUUGCCUUCAAGGGAUUGACUCCCCAUCUUCGCCAGUUCAUGCGUAACAAGCUCCAUGCUAAAUUUGGCGUCAAGAUGUGGUGUGUAUGUGAUGUCAACUCAGGGUACACGUGUACUUUUGAAAUAUACGGAGGAAAGACCCGAGAGCCGCCAGUACGUGGGACCUUCAACGUCACUCACAGAACAGUAAUCCGGCUCCUCAACCAAGCAAGAGUACUUAAUUUAGGUCACAAUGUCGGCUUCGACAACUACUUCUCUUCCCCAGCGUUGUUCCAAGAUCUCUACGAGCGUAACACCACAGCAACAGGCACAGUGAGGAGCAAUCGACAAGGACUGCCACCUGACAUGCAAGAUACCAGAGUCCUCAACAAUGAAGUGGCUGAGUGGCGCCAAGGUAAUAUGCUCUGUGUCAAGUACAGAGAUGGGACAAGGAACCCUGUCCAUCUAAUAUCAACAAAAUGUAGUGGUGGAUUCACACGUAACAAACAGAAGAAAUGA